AUUGUUAGUAAUUUGUUUUCUGGUCCAGGUUGAGUGAUUUCAGGUUGCAGUCAAUUGAACUGCAUUUGAUUAGCAAUGGUGAAGGACACGGAGUACUAUGACUUAUUGGGGGUUGGAGUGAAUGCAACUCCUGCUGAAAUUAAGAAAGCUUACUACUUAAAGGCAAGGACUACACAUCCAGACAAGAAUCCCGGGGACCCACAAGCUGCUCGUAAUUUCCAGGUUCUAGGAGAGGCUUAUCAGGUGUUGAGUGAUCCCGAGAAACGUGAAAUUUAUGACAAAUAUGGUAAAGAAGACAUGCCGAAGGAUUUGAUGCACCCUGCAGCUGUAUUUGGAAUGCUGUUCGGAAGUGAUGUAUUUGUUGAUUAUGUUGGGGAACUUAGAUUGGCUUCCAUACAAGCUGUUGAAGAGGAAGAGGACGAAGUUGUUCCUGAGCUUCGUAGACAGAAUAUUCAGGAGAAAUUAAAGAAAUUGCAAAAGGAAAGGGUAGAGAAGCUGACAACAAUUCUAAAAGAACGUCUUCAGCCAUAUGUUGAAGGCCGAAAGGAUGAGUUUUUAGAAUGGGCAAAAUCAGAAGCGCAGCUUCUUGCUCAAGCUGCUUUUGGUGAGGCUAUGCUGCAUACUAUUGGUUAUAUCUACACAAGGCAAGCUGCAAAAGAAAUUGGGAAUUUGAAAAGAUUCAUGAAGGUGCCAUUUUUGGCAGAAUGGGUAAGGGACAAAGGACACCUAAUAAAAUCACAAGCAAUGGCGGCUUCAGGGGCUGUGGCUUUACUUCAAAUACAAGAGGAACAGAAGAGGUACCAUGAGGAGAACAAAGUAGAGGAUGCAAUCAAAACAAUGGAAGAAAAGAAGGAUAUCAUGAUCAAAUCCCUUUGGCAAAUCAAUGUCGUGGAUAUUGAGUUGACUUUAUCACGUGUUUGCCAAGCG